AUGUCAGUCCUCUCUUGACAGCCAUUCACCGUGCCUGGAAAUUGAAGCUGACUUUCAUACCCGCCAACGAUCGGUCGGAACAAUGGAGGUAGCAAUUAUAGUUGCGAUGGCGUUUCUCAGCAUGUUUACGUUCUGCGAGGAGGGAUACGCUCUUCCCGACGAUUCAAAGGUGACCCCUAUGAAGGAAAUAAAAGAGCCCAAAGAGAUUAAAGAAGCGGCGACUGCUUCGAAGGACGUAAAGGAUGCCAUCAAGGCUGCCAAGGAGGCGAAGAAAAACAAGAAGGAUUGCGCUAGGGAAUGCGGGGACGAGUACGAUCCUGUUUGCGUUCACGAUCCCAUGAACCCCAGUUUCAAGCCGAGGACCUUCGGCACGCAGUGCGCUUUGGACGUUCACAAUUGCGAAAUGGGGACAAAACUGGCCGUGAAGAACAAAGGGGAGUGUCCUGGAUCCAGCGGAACAAGAUUGUCCUGAACGUCGUCGAUUUCAAAAGACCCAUUGAGAAACGCAACGUAGAAUAGGAAACAUCGAGUCAACUGUGUUAGGUCAUUUAAUCGCGAAUUUCUGUUUAGUUUGCAACAAAUGUAAAUCUUAACGCAUUAUAACGCGAUGCGGCUCUUCCUCUUCCUCUGCAUACACUUAUAUAGAUAGUGAUAUAUACGAGAACACUAAAUAAUACAAACUGCGCGACGAAAGGUCUGACGAUGAUCGAUUGCACGCCAAACUAUACGCUGUGUACUAUACUCAAUGUAAGAGGAGACAAGAAUGCAUCUGUCUAAUAAAUAUUAACGAUGAGCAACCA